CCUCGCCCAGCCUGCGUCCUCCUGGCCCGCUCCUCUUAUCCCUCCCAUUCUCCAUUUCUCUUCCAUUCCCUCCCUGUCAGGGCGUAAUUGAGUCAAAGGCAGAAUCAGGUUCCCCGCCUUCCAGUCCAAAAAUCCCGCCAAGAGAGCCCCAGAGCAGAGGAAAAUCCAAAGUGGAGAGAGGGGAAGAAAGAGACCAGUGAGUCAUCCGUCCAGAAGGCGGGGAGAGCAGCAGCCGCCCAAGCAGAAGCUGCAGCGAGCCGGGUACCUGGACUCAGCAGUAGCAACCUCGCCCCUCGCAACAAAGGCAGACUGAGCGCCAGAGAGGACGUUUGCAACUCAAAAAUGCAGGCUCAACAGUACCAGCAGCAGCGUCGAAAAUUUGCAGCUGCCUUCUUGGCAUUCAUUUUCAUACUGGCAGCUGUGGAUAUUGCUGAAGCAGGGAAGAAAGAGAAACCAGAAAAAAAAGUGAAGAAGUCUGACUGUGGAGAAUGGCAGUGGAGUGUGUGUGUGCCCACCAGUGGAGACUGUGGGCUGGGCACGCGGGAGGGCACUCGGACUGGAGCUGAGUGCAAGCAAACCAUGAAGACCCAGAGAUGUAAGAUCCCCUGCAACUGGAAGAAGCAAUUUGGAGCGGAGUGCAAAUACCAGUUCCAGGCCUGGGGAGAAUGUGACCUGAACACGGCCCUGAAGACCAGAACUGGAAGUCUGAAGCGAGCCCUGCACAAUGCCGAAUGCCAGAAAACUGUCACCAUCUCCAAGCCCUGUGGCAAACUGACCAAGCCCAAACCUCAAGAAUCUAAGAAGAAGAAAAAGGAAGGCAAGAAACAGGAGAAGAUGCUGGAUUAAAAGAUGUCACCUGUGGAACACAAAAAGGACAUCAGCAAACAUGAUCAGUUAACUAUUGCAUUUAUAUGUACCGUAGGCUUUGUAUUCAAAAAUUAUCUAUAGCUAAGUACACAAUAAGCAAAAACAAAAGAAAAUUUUUGUAGUAGCGUUUUUUAAAUGUAUACUAUAGUACCACUAGGGGCUUAUAAUAAAGGACUGUAAUCUUAUUUAGGAAGUUGAUUUAUAGUACAUGAUAAAUGAUAGACAAUUGAGGUAAGUUUUUUGAAGUUAUGUGACAUUUUACAUUAAAUUUUUUUUUACAUUUUUUGGGCAUCAAUUUAAAUGUUAUGACUAUGUAAACUACUUCUCUUGUUAGGUAAUUUUUUUCACCUAGACUUUUUUCCCAAUUGAGAAAAAUAUAUACUAAACAAAAUAGCAAUAAAACAUAAUCACUCUAUUUGAAGAAAAUAUCUUGUUUUCUGCCAAUAGAUUUUUUAAAAAUGUAGUCAGCAAAAUGGGGGUGGGGAAGCACAGCAUGUCCUAGUUCAAUGUUGACUUUUUUUUUUUUAAAGAAAAUCAUUAAAACAUAAAAUUCUUUCACUUUGGCAGAA